GGGGCUGCUGCUCCGUGGCGCCCACAACAGCCCGGGGCGCGUCGGAGCGGAGAGCAACCGCCGCCGCCGCCGCCUCUCGCCCCAACCGGCGGAGGAGCCAAGUUUCCCGCCCGUAGCCUCAUCACUCCGCCUCCGGGCCUGGCGCUUGCGAGAGGAUGGUCGGGCCCAAGCGAGGCCGAGGAAGGGGGCGGUCGUCCCCCACCAAAGCCCCAGCCGCCGCGCCGCCUCCUCCUCCGCCCUCCGCUCCCGAACCGCCAUCUCCGGAGCAGGGCCCGGGCGACGAGGAGAGGCCCAGCCCCGAGCCGGCCGCCGAGAGCGGCGCCGCCUCCUUCCCCCUCCGCGGACUCCAGCAGUCUCUGGGCCGGCUGCUUCCCGGCGGGGCUGUCUGCGCCAUGAGGCGUGCGGGAGCGCGGAGAGGCGCCGCCCCCAGGCAGUGCAGCCGCGGCCGGUGGAGCCUGGACUUCCGCGCCUGGCAAGGCUGGCUCUUCGCCACUGUGAAAGAAACGGGAGUCUGCGUUACGAAAGCAGAUUCACGCUUAUGGGUCAUGCUUCUAAUGGCUGCAAUUUUUGGAAUCCUGCACUGGUAUUAUGUAGCAACACUUUUUGAAAACAACAAUCACUUUUCCCAUCUGUCAUCUCUGGAAAAGGAAAUGGUUUUUCGAACGGAAAUGGGUCUUUAUUAUUCGUAUUUCAAGACACUUAUUGAGGAACCAUCAUUUUUAAAAGGACUGUUGAUGAUUAUGAAUGACAACAGAACUGAAUAUCCUCUGGUCAUCAAUACCCUGAAGAGAUUUAACCUGUAUCCAGAGGUUGUGUUAGCCUUUUGGUACCGCAUGUACACAGGAAUAAUGAAUGUCCUUGGUAUCGCAACAAAGAGCUGCUGGUUUGUAAACAGAGGAGAAGGUGUCAGUCUUGUUGAAAGCUGUGAAGGAUUGGGAGAUCCUGCUUCUUUUUAUGUGGCUAUGAUAUUUCUUCUGAAUGGAUUAUUGGCGUCAGUAUUCUUCAUAUACGGUACAUAUCUAAGUGGGAGCAGAUUUGGAGGAUUAGUUACAGUGGCAUGCUAUUUCUUCAACCACGGGGAGUAUUUCGUGAUGUGGACUCUACUUAAGUGAAAGCUUUUAAAUUACCCGUUUUUGUGUUUAAUGUUGUUGCUGACCUGCAUUCUCAGGUCUCCAAAUGUAUAUAGGAGAAGCCUGAUUGCAUUCUCUGUUGUUAAUGUUUUAUUCAUGCUUCCAUGGCAGUUUGCUCAGUUUGUCCUUUUAACGCAAAUGGCAUCAGUAUUUGGUAUAUAUAUAUUGGGAUUCAUGGAUUCAUGCAAACUACGGAUGAUACUUUAUGCAAAUAUGGCAUCACUUGGAGCCUGUUUUUUCUUGAUGUUUGGAAACUCUAUGCUGCUGACAUCCUUUUAUGCUUCCUCUUUAGUAGUUAGCUGGGUAAGUUCAUACAGAAUUAGCUUCAUGACUGGAACUCCGGAACACCAGAACCAACGGCAUGACCAGCGGUAUCGAGAAGCUGAAUGGACUGUAAGAGCCGCUGAUCAUAGUGCUAGUAGAAACAGGAAGUGGCGAAACCGGCAACACAAUCUUAAGCCUUCCCAAUGUCCAGGCUGCCGAAUACUCACGAUCCGACUGCCGAGCACAACAUCCAAAGCGCCGAUCUUAGAAAGAAUCCAAAACGGUUCCCGAAUUACUCCGUACUCUUUUUUAGUGAAACUUAUCGCUUCAACCGAUGAACGCUUCUGGUGCAUCCGCCAUCGGGAACGCAUCAAAAUCUACUGGGUUUGUUUUUACCGAACACCGAAUGAGUUUUCAUUGCAGGCUGCGAGAGGUUGCCAGGCUAGCGGCACAAAAGAACACCGGCAUCAUCAAGAAUUUGUCCGCCUACUCCCCAGUUUGAUGGGGUUUGAUUCGGAGAUCAAGGUUGAGCAACGCUUCAUGCAAAAUUUCGGCUUCGAAGGACUUACGCGACAGAAUCGAACUAUGGCGAGGGAAAACGUACCGGUUAAAUACCUCAACUCAGAUAAGACCACGAAGAAUACCGAACUGGGCCGCUUUAACUCGAGCAUCAAACUUCGAUUUUCUUCCUUUUUAAAAUUUGUUUUGCAGCUAGUGUACCACACACUGCAGCUUUGUAUAUUUGCAGUUCUUGCAAUUUUAGUGAUGAGAUUAAAGCUCUUUUUUACACCUCAUAUGUGUAUCAUGGCAUCCUUGCUGUGCUCCAAACAGUUGUUCGGAGGGGUCUUCUGCAAAAUCCAGUCCUAUAAAGUCCAGCCGAGAGUCCUUAUUGUUGCCCUUUUAGCAAUGAUGGCAUAUGAAGGGAUAGCAAACGUUCAAAAAGAACGCAGUAUUGUUGGAGAAUUUAGCAACUUGCCACAAGAAGAGCUGUUGACGUGGAUAAAAGCAAACACCAAAGAAGACGCUGUUUUUGCAGGAGCAAUGCCUACAAUGGCAAGUGUAAAAUUGUCUACACUGAGGCCUAUUGUGAAUCACCCCCAUUAUGAAGAUGCCGGAUUACGAGCAAGAACAAAAAUAGUUUAUUCCAUGUAUAGUCGAAAACCAGCAAAAGAAGUUAAAAGGGAAUUGCUAAAGUUGGGAAUAAAUUAUUAUAUAUUAGAAGAUUCCUGGUGCUUGAAAAGAACAAAGCCUGGCUGCAGCAUGCCAGAAAUCUGGGAUGUAGAAGAUCCAUCCAAUGCUGGCAAGACUUCAGUAUGUGAGGUUCUAAGCAAAAACUCCUGGCCAUAUUUUAGAACUAUUUUUGACAAUCGCGUUUUCAAGGUGUUAGAGGUUUCCAGGAUAACGGUUUAGAAUUUUGAUGACAGUGUGACUUUUAAAAAUAGUGUAUUUUUUAUGUAUUUUGACAGUUGUUAAAUAAAAGACUUAUUUGAA